AUGCGGGCAGAAUCGGAGCAGUACGUAGGGGAGAACCUAUGUACCGAGUUAACCCCAUUCACCUUUCCUGUCCAUGAUGGUCACAAUACCAUUGAGAUUAGGAAUGUUCCUAUGGCGUAUGUCAAGGAUCUGUGGCAGAAGAUAGAGGACAUGUUGUCAAUGAACGACAACGACAUCACAGGGGUACACCGUCUCACCUGGCAUGAAGGUCGUAUCCCUAGUGAUGAAUUGUGGGUCAAGUUUGGGGGUGACAAAGGAGGAGGAAGCUUCAAGAUGUCCUUCCAGAUCGUCAACGUGGAGAAUCCUAAUGCGGCCAAUAACACCUGUGUGUUCUGCAUGUUUGAAGCGUCUGACAACCCCGUCAACCUCAGAAUUGCUCUCAAGAGGUACAGAGACCAGAUUGAAGACCUGGAGUCUAAAACCUGGAGGUGAUACACACAACACCAC